AUGGACGGGAGGGUGCUGCGGCGGAGCGUCACGCUGGCGGACCAGCUGGCCGCGGUGGGGCCGGCGGCGGCCGGCUCCUGCAACCUCCGCGACCUCCUCAAGCUGCGCGACGAGGACGGCGGCCGCCGCGCCGUCACCCUCGCCUCCGCCAUGCAGGCCGACCGCCGGGCCUCCUCCUCCCCGCCGCCCUCGGCCGUCGCGGCGGCCGCGGCCGCGCGGACGCUGCUCGACAUCAUCCGCGACGACCAGCCGGCCCCGGCUCCAGGCUCGUACGGCGGCGCCGGCGACCCGUUCGUCCGCCGCGCCGUGUCCCUCCCGGCCCCGCAGACCGCCUCCCCGCCCGCGCCGCCCAGGGCCCUGGCCGCUCCGAUGCCGCCUCCCGAGGCGUCACAGGCGACGGAUCAGGAGGAGGAGGAGGAGCAGGCGGAGAGGGUGUCCCUCAUGGCGCUGCUGGAGCAGACCGACAGGCAGUGGAGCGCCGUCGCCGCGGCGCCGAGCGAGCAGGACCCGACGGCGGCCGCCGAGUCGGACCCGUCGGGCCAGGACGCGUUUGGGCCGGAGGACGACGCGGACCUGCCGGCCCGAGGCGCCGGCGCGGCGGGCGGCGGGUGCUGCUGCGUGUGCAUGGCGCGGGCCAAGGGCGCCGCCUUCAUCCCCUGCGGCCACACCUUCUGCCGGGGCUGCGCCCGCGAGCUCCUCGCCGGACGCGGACGCUGCCCGCUCUGCAACGCCGCCAUCGUCGACGUCCUCGACAUCUUCUGA